CUUGUCUGCAUUUAGUUUGUUUAAAUCACAUUAUUAUAUCUAUCGAAGCUCAGCUGACAUUUUCAUCAUGGUCGCGGUUGUCUAGUCUGACACAGAGCUGGAACCGUACCAGCCCAUGCAGUUUAUAAUAGGUAGUCCAGCGUCAUUCGGCCCAUCGUAAAGACUUACGAGUAUUCAAGGCUCAUUAUUUGCAAUGCCUGAUCUUGCUGAGAGUCAGGUGACUCUGACCAGUGCCAGACGUACUUCUGAGGACACGCCCAGUGGAGGAUGGUGGGUGUCGCGCACGCGCCUGGAGGUGGCGCUGCUGGCGAUGGUGGCCGUGAGUUUGUUCCUCCUCAUCGCCGUGUGUCUCGCCAUGGCCGCCGUCAUCGCUGGUUCUUCUCCUAACAGCUUGUUCGCAGAACUUUCCGGCAGCUCGGCAUCAGCCGAAGUGAAGACGAUCGAGGAUGUUUCAGGCUUGGCUAAGCUAACUGAUAAUAAUCUGCACAAAACUUCCGAUAAACCAUCGUCUUCAUCGGCCGACAUCUGCCUCACCAAGGGCUGUGUCACCUCAGCAUCGCAGCUUAUAGCCAACAUGGACUCAGAAGUUGAUCCGUGCGAGGAUUUUUUCGAGUAUGCGUGCGGUAAUUAUCUGAGAACCAAGAACAUCCCCGACGAGAAGAGCUCCAUAUCGCAGUUCAGCGACAUAUCGGAUGCCCUUAAUCAGAAGCUGCGCACGCUCGUCGAGAGCGAGGACUCUUCCGAGGACACCUCCAGCAGCCUGAUGGUCAAGCAACUCUACAAGUCCUGCAUGGACACCGAGAGCAUCGCGGAGCAAGGCCUACAGCCGCUGAAAGACAUCCUGCGGGAGAUGGGCGGCUGGCCGGCGGUGGAGGGCGCUGCCUGGGACCACAACAGGUUCGACUGGGUCCAGAACGUCUACAUCAACAGGCGGCUCGGCUGCUCCAUUGACCUAUUAUUUGAAUUCUCCAUCGGCAGCGACAUCAUGAACUCGUCAUGGAAUAUAAUUUACAUCGACCAGCCGAGCCUGGGCAUGCCGUCUCGGGAGUAUCUGCUGCGCGGCCUGAACGACAGCGACGUGCGGGCGUAUCUCGACUACCAGGUCUCCUUAGCCGCGCUCCUCGGCGCCAACCGCACAGCCGCCCAACUCGAACUCACCGAGAGCCUCUUGUUCGAGAUACAACUUGCCAAUCUCUCACUGCCACAAGAACGGCGACGCAACUUCACGGAACUCUACAACAAAAUGACCGUAGCGGAACUGCAGGACAGGGUGCCCAGUAUUCCCUGGUUAACUUACAUCAACAAUCUUUUAUCUCCUUUCAUCACUAUCACCGAACAUGAAGAAGUAAUUGUAAUUGUGCCAACUUACAUGGAGGAUCUGGAGAAACUUCUGUUGGAAACACCCAAGAGAGUGAUCGCGAACUACAUGAUGUGGCGGCUGUCUGCGGCAACCAUCAGUUACUUGUCAGAAGACGCGCGUGAUCUGCAGCUCGCCUACUCCAAGAAGAUCACUGGAACUGGCAAGAGGAAGCCUAGGUGGAAGGAGUGCAUGGGAGUCGUGUCUAGCAGUCUCCCACUUGCUGUGGGUAAACUGUACGCUGAAAAAUUCUUCAAGAAGGACGCCAAGGCUGCAGCAGAUGAGAUGGUAUCCUACGUCAGGGCGGAAUUCGAUAAAAUUCUGCGCACUGUUGACUGGAUGGACGACGAGACCAGGAUCCGCGCCAUCAACAAGUCCCUGGCGAUCACGCCCCAUAUCGCCUACCCGGAGGAACUCUUGGACGAGUCCAAAUUAGCAGAGCUUUUCAAAGACUUAAGAAUCUCGGACGGUGAGCUUCUCUCAAAUAUGCGUAAUUUUACCAUUUUUGGCACGGAUUAUUACUUCAAGAGUCUUAGAGACAAAGUUGACAAGAAUGACUGGAAAGAGCAUGGUGCUGCUGCUGUCGUUAACGCCUUCUACAGCUUUUUAGAGAACUCUAUCGAAUUCCCGGCCGGAAUUCUGCAAGGAACUUUCUUCAACGCUGACCGCCCCAAGUACCUGAACUACGGCGCCAUCGGCUUCGUAAUCGGCCACGAAAUCACACACGGCUUCGACGACAUGGGUCGACAGUUUGACGACAAAGGUGAUCUCAAGGAAUGGUGGGAGCCCGAGACAAGAUCAAAAUUUAUCGAUAAAUCGAAGUGCAUCAUUCAUCAGUACGGCAACUACACGCACCCAGAAGUCGGACUUAAGCUGAAUGGCGUGAACACCCAAGGAGAGAACAUAGCGGACAACGGUGGCCUCAAAGAAGCGUACUACGCAUAUAAUCAGUACGUCAGUGACCACGGAGAGGAGAAUCCGUUACCAGCGCUCGGGCUAACAGCUAAACAACUUUUCUGGCUGUCAGCGGCCAACGUUUGGUGCAGCAAGACCAGGCUCGAGACGCUGAAGCUUCAGAUCUUGACUGGGGCUCACGCGCCAGCUCGCUUCAGAGUCAACGGCCCGCUGAGCAAUUUGCCCGAGUUUUCGCGAGACUGGAAUUGUAAAUCGAAUUCGAAAAUGAACCCGUCUCAUAAGUGUUCUGUUUGGUAGUUGAUAUUGCGCUGUUUUUUGUUGUUGUUUAUUUCCUAAGUCUUUGACCUAUAUUCUUGCUAGCAGUUUGAUUUUUAUUCACUUAUUCAAGCUCAUAAUCCUAAAAAUUUAACCAGUGCUCAUGUUAAACGUUGCGAUUAGAAGAAAAGUUUAUUUAAUAAGUUUUCACAAUAACACUUGUUAUUAUGAGAAUUAUUCUCUCAUACUUGUCCAUGAUGAUUUCCUUGCCAUUUUGCCGAUGAUAUCGGUUUGAAUUAAUUGGGAUUUUUAAACCCUUAGAAAAUAAGACAAAUAAUAUAUUCCAAUGACAUUAAAAGCAACCAAUCAUAAUGUCAGUAGCUUGCUUCUCCAUGCAAUUAUUUUCACUUUAUCACGCGUUGUGUUAUAUUAACCCCAAUAAAGUAUUAACCCGAAA